AUGGCGCCUCGCUACGGUGCCCUCGGUGCAACCUUUCUGCUGGCUCGCAUCUUCCAAUCCUGCUGUCUCAUCGCGGCCAUUGGUAUGACAGCCAAAUUCAUUAGCGUGAUAAUUUCCAACAACGGCACUCCGCCUGAUAUCCUAAUCGGCACGAUCAGCGUGACGUGUAUUGCUGUGAUCUACUGUGUCAUCACGACAAUCCUGUACAUGGAUGACAUCCUGCCCUUCCUGAUAAUCGCCGUCUCGGACCUACUAGUGCUCGUCGCACUGAUCGUCGUCGCUGUUGUCGUUGGCAAGCCACUUUCGUAUAUGAAGUGCUCAACUCUAGCUGAGCUAGGUGAUUCGGAUGCUACCCUUUAUGCAUUUGCUUCACGACUGUCGAGUUAUAUUGCGAACAUCACAGGGAAGAUCGACUAUGUUGCCUUCAUUGGGGCUUCGAAGGCGAUUUGCCUUGAGAUGAAGGCUGUCUGGGGAUUGAGCAUUGGACUUUGCAUCUUGUUUUUCUUUUCUUCCAUCUGCAGCAUUUUGCUCUGGCAGCAGAAGAAGAAGGCCGCUGCCACCAAGGAAGUGGAGUAA